AUGCCUCAGGCAAAGAAAGCCCGCACUGCAGGCCCUUCGGCCGAUGGACCCUCAGCAAAUGCAACACCACCUACUUCUCCUCUCGAGCAGCAGACUCCCCCUGCUCCUUCCGGGUCGACACCGUCUCCACCGGCCCCAACUGACCAAACUCAGCAGGUUGGUCCUGCUUCCACAGGGGGCGACAUAUCGAGUCGCGCCUUAAGAUCGGUCAAAGAUAGGGUCGCCAAAAUUUUGAAGCACAAACGUUGCCGAGAGGCGAUGGCUUCGACUGAGACAAUGGAGGUCGACCAGAUCCUAACCCGCGCAUUGAAUGAGUUUUCCAAUGCAAUUCUAACCCUUACUGCCAGUUGGCUCCGCUCGGGUGCCGUCACCGAGCAGUCCAGGAUUUUGGAGCAACGACACAUUGAAGAACUUAAAGCUGCCGAAGCGAAAUACACUGAGCAGCUUGAGGCAGUGCUCGAGGAGAAGAAUAAAUUGGCUACGGAGCUAAGGGAGAAGCAGACUGCUCUGGAUAAGGCCAUCGAGAAAAAAUACAACUUCAAGAAGUCUAACCGUAUCAACUAUCGUGAGGCUAAAAAGCUUGAGCAGGAGUUGGCUACGAGCAGACAAGAAACUACAACCUUGGAGGGUCGUAUCGAGAAGCUUGAACAAGCCAACGCCAGCCAUUUGGAAAGGUCGUGA